AGUCGACUCGUGUCUUCCACGUCAUUCUCGAUGCGCUCGAACUCACCACGUGUCGAACCGUCGCCCACCCCCGUCCUCCUGCAUGCUCCGGCAACUCUCUCGACGCCACCAGACGCGACCAUCCUGCACCUUAUAAAGAACCACCGCCGCACGUACAGACGCCACGACCAACGGAACGGGGAGGACAAGAAGCACAUGAGCACGAUGGCCACCGCACGAGCACUCCGUCUCUUCGCCUCGACCUCGCCAGCGACCCGACGCGGCCUGCUUGGCGCGCACGGCCGCGCGCUGUCCGCGUCGUCGCAAGCCAGCGGCGCGGGAGAUCCCGCCGUCCACUACGGCGACCCUCCGAGCGACGACUACGCCGAGAGGCCCCCGAAGUUCUCCGGCGCGGAGGAAGCCACCUCGGGCGGCCACGACAAGCACCCGCCGUCGUCGGCGAAGACGACGCGGCCGACGGAGGCGUCCGCCAAGGAGCAACGCGUCCCGCCGUUCACGCCCUCGGGGAAGCUCGGGUCGCAGGAGCUGGCCGACCCGGCGGCCGGGUCGACGUUCACGCAGAAGCGCCGGUGGUCCGCCAAGCCCGCCGGCAGCGACCCGCUCGGCGACGCGACGCCCGGGGACGAGGAGGCCGCGGCGAGGAAGGUGCGGGAGGAGGACCGGGAGUACUACCGGACGCACAAGCCGUCGCCGCUGGCCGAGGUGGAGUUCGCGGACACGAGGAAGCCCGUGACGCGCGCCACGGACGGCGGCGCCGAGGACCGGCUCGAGCACGACGUGCCGGGGACCAUGGUGGAGGACACCGCGGACGCGUCGCUGGCCCGCGCCGAGGCCAUGUUCCGGGAGGCGGCCUCGCGCGGCAACCCCGCGUGGCCGCACUCCCGCGCGCUCGCCGCCAUGCUGGCCCGGCAAGGCGGGGAGGGCGGCGAUGGCGCCCGGGACGCCGCGCCAUGGGGAAGCUAAGCCGAUUCGUUUCUGGCGCGCGAGCGCGCGCGUCACUGACGCUCCUGUAAGGAUAGGAGCGGGAGUGUAAAAUAGGUCGCCACGAUCGUGUAAAAUACAGAAGGCUGAUAGAAGCGGUGCCUCUGAAUAAAGCGUGCCAGCGAAUGUAAAUAUGUUGCUUGAUGUCAAUUUCAUUUUGCAA